AUGACUGUCACCUAUGCAAACAAAGUGGCUAAUGCCCACUUAGGCGCCUUCUCCCGUCUGCUGCUGUGCUGGAAAGGCAGCAUCUACAAGCUGUUCUACGGCGAGUUUGUCUUAUUCCUGCUCAGCUACUACCUCAUCCGCUUCAUCUACAGGCAGGCCCUCACCAAAGAGCAGCAGCUGCUGUUUGAAAAGCUGACUUUGUAUUGUGACAGCUACAUACAGCUCAUCCCCAUUUCCUUCGUGCUGGGCUUCUACGUGACGCUGGUCGUGACGCGCUGGUGGAACCAGUACGAGAACCUGCCGUGGCCCGACCGCCUCAUGAACCUGGUGUCGUGCUUCGCCGAGGGCAAGGACGAGGAAGGCCGGAUGCUGCGGCGCACGCUCACUCGCUACGCCAACCUGGGCAACGUGCCCAUCCUGCGCAGCGUCAGCGCCGCCGUCUACAAGCGCUUUCCCAGCACCCAACACCCGGUGCGAGCAGGCUUUAUGACCCCCGAGGAACACAAGUACUUAGAAAACAUCAACACGCCACACAACAUGUUCUGGGUGCCCUGGGUGUGGUUCGCCAACCUGUCAGUGAAGGCCUGGCUUGAAGGUCGAAUCCGAGAUUCCGCCCUGCUGCAGACCCUGAUGAUCGAGAGGAACAUCCUGCCUUCACAGUGUGGACAGCUAUAUGCCUAUGCCUGGAUCAGUAUCCCGUUGGUAUACUGCCAGGUCGUGAUGGUGGCAGUAUACAGCUUCUUCCUGGCCUGCCUGAUUGGGCGGCAGUUUCUGGACCCAGCCAAGGGCUACCCCGGCCAUGAGCUGGACCUCUAUGUGCCUGUCUUCACCUUCCUGCAGUUCUUCUUCUAUGCAGGCUGGCUGAAGGUAUCGCUGUUGGCUGUGGAUGAGAUGCACCAGAACCUACCCCCACUGGGGCGGGACUUGUACUGGAAUGAGCCAGAACCACAAACCCCCUACACAGCUGCUUCUGCCCAGUCCCGCCGACCCUCCUUCUUCGGCUCCACCUUCAACAUCAGCAUGCAGAAAGAAGAGAUGGAGUUUCAGCCAAAUCGGGCCAAGAAUGAGGAGGAGGUCGAAGGUGUUUCCACUGGCAUCCUUGGCCGCUUCCUAGGGUGGCCAUCCCAUGACCACGCCACCAAGACAAACUCGAAGACCAAACUACUAGCUCCCAAGAAGGAAAGCUUUUCUCACAAGCUGGACUAUUAUCCAGGCCAGCCCAGGGACCACAGAGGGUCUCUGUCCUUCCAGGAUGCCAGGCAGCACCUUGGGGACCAGGAAGACAGCAAAGCCUGGAAGCUGAAGGGGGUGGGCGUCUUUGAGUCCACUCCACUGUACGAGAAGUCAGGCUACCACAGUUCCCCACAGACACCCCUCAAGCACAACCCCAUCAUCUUCCCAUCUGCAGAGUCAGUGUCAAGUCCUUCCAGCCUUACAGACAUUGAUGUCACCAUCAAGGACCAAAGCCCAGACCCUGUGACUCCUGGGGCUACGAGUACUACUGAACUGCUCCCAAAGAAGGGUGAGGACUCAAAGGAGCACCCAGAAGUACAUCCCAUGAAGAGGAAAACUGUCGAGUUUAAGCUGAUGGAAGUGCCAGAGGGGGACGAUGGACAUCCAUCAAAUUUGGAACAAUCGGCAAACAUGCACACUACCAGAGAUCAUGGAGAUCCUCAUGGAGCCUUGGAAAACAGGUCUGUCUCUCAUCCAAACAAGGGUCACUGCACUUCCCCUGUGGGUGCUCCCCGCCCCUUUCAAUGCCAGAGCAUGCUGGUCCAAGGCCCAGCAUUAGCUCAGGUCCACACCUGAUCCCUUCUGCAGGGGUUCUAGGGAAGCCUUGGGGACUUUUGUCCACCUCACCUGAGAACAUAUCAUCAGGAAGACUACCCCGGGACCAAACGAAAGGAAGCUGGUAGUUAGGCUCAGAUGGGCAGUUGUUCUCACUGGGCCCAGCUCACUUCGGAGAAGGGGUGGUUGACAAAAUUCUGGGGUACAACCGAGGGUUCCAGGCUGCAACCCAAGAACUCCACCCACUGCUUGUGCUUAACUGGGAGACAAAUAAACACCUCCCCAUAAACCUUCACAGGAGACUGAAGCACUGCAAGAAAUGGCAGGAACAGCCACAUUCCCAGAAACUCGCAGAUAGUGAUCUAAGGGCUUCCAAGGCCCCCUGGGUUAUCAUCCCCCUCACCAUCUGGGGUACCUCAAAUGUCCUCUCCAGACCACCGUGGGGGCAGCCCAAAGCUGUCACAAAACAGAUGCUUCCCUUUAUCCCAGACUAUUUCCUGGACACUCUGUAAACUUACACCCAAUUAGGGACACCCUACCCCACCCCCAAGCAUGGUGUGAGGAAGUUUAACUUCCUAUUUCUAGACUUUCACAAGCACUUGCUUUUGUGGUCAGAAUACAUAGCUACUGUGAUUGAAAACUUAAAAAGGCAACAAUCUUGCCUUGCCUCUGGGAUGAGUGGGGGAAUUAGUACAAGUCAUCUGUGGUUUGUUUAGGAAAGGAUGUUAAUGUAACUAUUAGAAUGGACAUCUUUUGCUCUGCAACUUAUUGACCCUGUUCACUACUUUUAAUACUUAAAAUAUUUCAAACUUUGCUGAGACUAGCUUCUGCAGCACUAUAGUAUUGAAAUGAAGGUACACUCCACACUCAUGUUAUCUUUCUCCAUUUCUCUAAUAGAAAUGAAGCACAUCCCUGUUUCCCAAAGAGGAUCUUCACCUAUAUGGUCCUUACUUGUGUGUACACCAGGAGGACAACUGAUCCGGUCAAGCUGUUCAGCUGUCCACAUUGAACAAUGUUCCUACGAGAGCAUAACAUGAAUAGCUUAAUGGAUAAUAAGAAAACAGAAAAAAAGUGGUAGUCCCAGAACUACUUAAGUUUCAAAUGCUUUCUAUACAAACUGUGAGCUAGAAUGAACCACUGGAAACAAGUAAUUCCAAAACCUAAUUCAGAAAUUAUCAGGAAUACUUGGUCCUGUCUAAAUUCAACAAACCUACACCUCAGAUCUUUCCCAAACUAAGAAAUUUAAUAAAUGUAAAUCCUUACAGGAGUUUCAUUUUGAUUAAUAUGACUAAAACUAAAUUGUGGUGCCUA